AUGCGCAGCUCCUCGAUUGCCGUGCCGGCUUUGCUGGCCAGCGCAGCUGAUCUCGCUGUCGCGCAAUUCCCCAACUCGACGAUCCCCGGCAACAGCUCUGAGCCUUGUGCUGCCGUGAGCGCUGCUUGGGCUUCGCAGCACGCGCGUGCUCCGACAGUUGUCCCGACUGUACCGGCUCAGUUGGCCUACGACUGCCUCAACUCCGUCCCUCUCGGAAAGGAGGCAGCCAUUGAGCUUGUGGACUCUCUGUUCCCAUACCUCGAGUGGCAGAGUGACGCUGCUUACAAGGCAGAUCCCCCACCAGAGUACGACUUCCCGGCCUACGACCUCUUCGCAGCCGCCUCGAGCAUCAGACAGAACCUGGUCGACGAUGUUUACACCAGCGAAUACGCCUUCCAGUCUGCUCUCUACGAGGAAGUGUUCGGUCCCGGUCACGACGGCCACUUCGUGUACUACCCCGACUUGCUCACGGCGGUGUUUGAGUGGACCCGUCAGCGGGGCUUGGUCUCCAUUAGCGAGGAUGGCUCAUCUCUGCCAGUGAUCAAGAUCUACGAGGAGGUCAUCUCUACGCCCGAGACUGCGUCCGCAGUCAAGCUCAUCAACGGCAUCGAGGCUUCCAAGUUUCUCGAGGACACCGUCAACAAGGCCAACUGGAACCGUGAUGCUAACUCCGCCUACAACUCCAUGUUCUUUGAGAAGUCUGGACAAGCCACCGGAAUUGGCAACGGCUACUUCAGCUCUGGCGGUCGUGUCAGAUACAUCUACCAAGGCGCCAACACGACUCUCACUUUUGAGAACGGCACCGAGGUCACCUUCGAGAACCAUGCACGGGUUAAGAAGGAUCUCACCGGCAUUGUAGACGGCCCCUCCUUCUACGCUAAGUUCUGCAACCCUCUCAGCCCGGCCUCCGGCACCCCGUCCGGCACCUCCCCUUCCAAUGCCUCCACCCCUAUCCUUCCAGGCUACCCUGAACCCGUCGUCACCACCAGCGACGGCGUUGUGUCCGGCUACUACCUCGAGGGCGAAGGUUUCGAGGACGUUGCCGUCAUUGUCCUGACCGCCUUCGAGAACGAGAGCCCUGCCGAGUUCCAAAAGGUUGCCCAGGAUUUCUACACCGCCGCCCUCUCCGCCGGCAAGACCAAGCUUGUCAUCGACUUCCAGCAGAACGGCGGCGGCUACAUCCUCCAGGGCUAUGAUUUCUUCCGCCAGCUGUUCCCCGAGACAGACCAAGAUGGCUUCUCCCGCUGGAAGGAGAGCGACGGCUUCGUUGCUGCGGCCCAGAUUGUCUCCGACAUUGUGGCUGAUGUGGACAUCUACACCAGCGAUGAUGAGAACCUGAUUUCCCUGGCUGAGAGCUGGUUCAACUGGCGCUACGACUACAACCUCACCAACCAGCCCUUCACCUCCUACGAGGACAAGUUCGCGCCCCAGGUCUUCCAGAACACCUCUUACACGGACCUCAUGCGCUGGAACCUCAACGAUCCGCUGACUACCACCAACGCCACCUUCGGUCUUGGUAUCGAGAUACACGGGUACGGCAACCUCACCGGCCUUCCCCAGCCCUUCGCCGCUGAGAACAUUAUCAUCCUCUACGACGGUGUCUGCGCUUCUACCUGCACUCUGGCCUCCGAGUUCCUCCGCCUCCACGGCGGCGUCAAGUCCGUCGCUUUCGGCGGUCUCCCGGUUGAGGGGCCCAUUGAGGGUGUCGGCGGCAUCAAGGGCUCUCAGGUCCUCGACUGGAGCAACAUCUACGGCUACACCGAGUUCCUCCUUCCCUACGCCUCCACCGACGAGCAAAAGGCCGCUUUUGCUCGCUACACCGACCUGCCCUUGAACCGCAGUCUCGCUGCUGCCGUUAACGUCCGCGACCAGAUUCUGAGGGACAACGUGGACGAUGGUAUCCCUGCGCAGUACAUCCGCGAGGAGGCUGACUGCCGUCUUUACUGGACUCUGCCCAUGGUCACGGACGUCACCGAGAUCUGGAAGGCUACUGCAAACGCUGCGUUCAACGGUGGAAAGUGUGCUUACGGAGGUAUUGCUAAGCGCGAUGUAUCCGCUAAGGCCGCUGUCAAGCGCAGCGAGUACUUGGCUGCUUCGAGCCUCAAAGAGAGGGCUGCUCCUGUCCGCCGUGCUGAAUCGGUCACCAACGACCGUUUCUGGCAGGACAAGUACGUGUUGAAGGCUAUCAACUGA